GCUUUCGUCGCGCAGAUUCUUGCCUUUGCGAAGCAAAAUGCUGAUGGGCAGCGCCCAAUGACGGCAGAUUCCCAUCAGGAUGGCAAAGAGUCCUGCAAGUACAAGGAUGCCUUGGAGCUGCAUCUUCAGAGCUCAGAGGCGGCGGUUCGACAAAGGACCGUGAUCGUCCUAGGCCACAUUGGCGAGAACGCUCACCCCUCUCAUGCCGCGGUCGUCGCGAAGCGAUUUCAGGAUCCGGAGCCGACGGUCUUCGCGGCCACCGCGGUGGCGCUGGCGAGGAUGGGCAAGCCCGGGGCAGUCGCCCUUGCAUCUGGGCUACAAGGCGGAAGAUCCGAGCUUGAGCAGCAGGUGAUUUGCGAGGCGCUGGGGCGCAUGGCAGACUGGCGGUCGGCCAUCGAGGAGCUGCCGUCCUUGGCGAGAUGCCUCCAGGACGAGGCCAACACCCGGCGCGCCGCCGCGGAGGCGCUGUGCCGCCUCACCUUCAUGGGACCCGCGGAGGCGCUGGAGGUGUGCCCCGGUCUGCCGCAGCAGCUGGUGCUGUGCUUGCGCGACUCCGAGGCCUCGAGCAGUUUGGUCGGAAACGCCACGAACUUGGCCCUGGUCGAGCUGAGAAGGCUUGAGGGCCAAACCAAAGUCGUGCAGCCGGACCCGAGGAUUGAUCCCAAGGUCCACGUGACCUUCCUGGAGGUGACGAAAACCGAUGGCGCAUCUGUCACAUUUAGCCCCUUGAAGUUUACUCUGCGCGAUCUCAUCUUCCGGACCUCCUGCAUGAUCGAGGGCACCAAGACCCGGCUGGCGAGCGCCGCCGCGGUGAAGGGCGCCAAAGCGGGGGCCGUGAAGUUGGGAGCCGCCGAGGCCGCCGCAUCCGUGAUGGAUGGCAUGGUGUCGCUGGCCAGCAAAGUGGCCGAUGCCGCGGAAUCGCCCACCGCUAAGGCGAUUCUACCAACAGCCACGGAGCGCACCAUCAAAGUGGACGUCACCGUGGACUUGAUCAAGGAGCUCAAUGUGGAGGAGGUCGAUGUGAAGAUCAAGGAUUUCCACACGGAUGUGGUGGUGGCGGAGAAGGUUCUUGGAGUAAAGCUGGUCCGAAACUUCGUGGAGCGGGCCAUCUCGGCCAAGGCCAGCGAGGUGGCCACGAGGAUGGCACGGGAGCGCACAAAUCGCUUCAUGUCAAGAUUUCAGUGCUGCUACUGA